CGGUACGAGACAACAAAGACAAGAAAGAUCCAGACAGUGAGUGUUGAACUUGUUAAUGUAAGAGAUGAGACUUAAAGACGUAACAUUGAUUUAAUGUGAGACCAUCAUGACAGAUUUAACAAGGAGUUUUUAAGUUGAUUGUGAUCUCCAAUGGAUGACAUUACCGUGGUUACCAGAAGUGAUGAAAGGUGGACGAUAUUUGGAGGAAAAACAUGUCAGAAAAGUUUAUGAUACGAUUGCACCAAGUUUUAAUGAAAUACCACAGAAAGUCUGGCCAAACGUCAAAAAGUUUAUCAAAAACUUAUAUCCAGGGUCACUGGUUGCUGAUAUAGGUUGUGGUAAUGGCCGAUAUCUUCACAUCAAUAAAUCAGUUUACAAGUUUGGCAUUGACGCUUGUUAUCCUUUAGUUGAGUUGUCAGGAGAGAAGGGAUAUGAAGUGUUAGUUGCUGACAAUCAGUCUCUACCUUUUAGAGAUGGAGCUUUUGAUGCUGUUAUCUCUGUUGGGGUGCUGCAUCAUUUCUCUACAGAGCCACGUAGGGUACAAGCAUUGAAAGAACUGUGUAGAAUAUUAAGACCCGGUGGAAAACUCCUGGUAUAUGUCUGGGCCUAUGAACAGAAACAUAGAAGGUUUGAUGGACAAGAUGUGUUGAUACCAUGGCAUGCUGGGAAGAAAAUCACACAAAAAGGGUUGUUCAACUCAGACCAGGACAUAUCAAGCACAAGCUCUAUCAGUGAAGAUGAAUCCCUUGAUUCAACCAGACAUGUCAUCCAAAGAACUGUUUCUGAUCCUUCCUGUCCGUGCUGUCAACCAUCUCAACCUACCCUCAUCAACAAACUUCUGUCAUCUAAACCUCUGUCUUCACGGCAACGAUCCAAUACUCUCCCAUCAGCACUUGAGGCUUUGACGGGGAAUCAUGAUGAUGAAAGUGAGAUACAGGAAGAAUGUAGAAAACUUCAGAUAUCCCUCAGGGAAAUGUCUGCUAGUCAUAAUCACUUGAGUGCUUCAAAUGAUUCAGUAUUCUGUAAUGGUGCAACGAUUGAGAAUGAUGAAGAUGGGAUUAUAUUUGAAUCUAAACAUUUUGCAAACAAUUAUGAUUUGUCUAGAGAAAAUGAAAAUUCUGCCUGUGAAAAAGCUGAUGUUUCCAAUCUAAUGUCAAAUGAACCGUGUCAGAUACCAUGUCAAAAUUUACCAUCUACCCACAAUUUAUGUGAUGUGAAUUCUAAUGUAGAUUCUCCUGAUGGUCAACCAGAACAGACAGGAGUAGUGAAUGAUAAUAAUGAAGAGAACCUAACGAAAAAAAUGUCUUUCUUUGAAACAAUGAAAAAACGUUUCCUUAAAUUUAUUGACUCAAAAUUUGAAAAUAAAAGUCCUACAAAUCAUGAGCUGUCUGCAGGUAAGAGAAAAACAUCAUCAGAAAACAAAUCAGGGAACAACAGAAAUAUACAAGAUGUGAAUUCCCCGAGUUCAUUUGCUUGUUUUGCUGUUAGAGAAUUUCCCAUGAGCAGCUGUCAUAACUACAGAGAUUCAGUAAGUUCAUCUCAGGAUCAAAAUAGCAUUCAAAGUUUCCAUGAUCCUAGCCAUCAUACAACACAACCUGCAGAACAUCUCUAUGACAACGGUCACAUCCAAAAUAAUUCAACAGGUUUACAAGUAGAACAGUUAUCACCAUGGUUACAUGAAAAUAUUGAUAAUGCUGACAGUAAAUCUGACAUGUUGUCAACAGGACCUCUUGAUAAUGAUUUACGACAAUCUGUCAAUACAAGUGUAUAUGAUCAAUCUAUUAAAGACCCUCAAAAUAGUUUAGGUCUUUCUGCUACAUCAAUCUCAAACUCUCAACAAAAUAGUCACUAUGAUUUGGUUAAAUCUCAUAGAAAUGUUGAUAAAAAUGGAAGAAAGAAGUGUAAUAAAACUUUUAUAAAUGGUCAUCAGGAAACAAAAAGUCAGGAUGUUAUCAAGGUGAUGAAUGGUGCAAGUAAAAAACAGUGCAAUAAGGUUUUGAAUUGUCACAAACAACAAGGAGGAAUGUGCAAUAUUACUCAUUUAGACUCUGAUCAAAAUUGUCAGUCAGAUAUUCUCAAGGCCAAUAAUUCAGGAAAAUUGUCACAUGACCAAGAUAUCCCAUGUGACCAUAAUCUGUCUCACCGACAAAAUGGAAAUACAUUCUCAGGGAAUCAUAAUGGAUUUAAUAACAAUUCAAUGAAUGGCUGUGAUAAAUCCAGACACAAAAAGUAUUAUGAAACAACAGAAACCAACAGUAUAUCAGGGGAGACAACUAAUCAACAUAAUAUUUCAAGGGAGACAACCAACUGUCAGAAAACUAUAUCACAUUUCUGUUAUAGUAAGGAAAGUUGUACAAAUGAAUAUGCAAGUAAAUCUGAGUGUAAUAAUGGGAUGAGCAGUGGCAAAAACAAUUCUCCUUUAAAAAGUAAAAGUGAUGAAAUAUUUCUAAAGAAUGGAACAACCCACAACGAUAAGAGAAAUCAAAAUCAUAUCAGUAGCUCAGAAAACAUAUCUUCUAGUCGUCUUUCUAAUCAACAGUCCUUCAAAUCAUGUGACACCUUACACAAUGGUGCUAAUUAUGUGCCUUCUUCAUCCUCUACAAUGACAGAAGAGGAGUUCAGAAUGUCAACCGCUAGACUCUGUAGGUUUUAUCAUGUUUUCAAACAAGGAGAGUUAUCUAACUUGAUUUUUAAAUAUGUAGAUAAUUUGUGUAUAGUUAGUUGCACAUAUGAUCAUGGUAAUUGGUGCUUAAUUGCUGAAAAAAAGAUAAGUGGUGUAUAUAAUGUUUAAUAGCAUGACAAGGUUAUAAUAGAUAAAUAUUAUGUUUCCUUGGUAACUGGUGCUUGGUAGGAUUGACAUGUAAAAUGAAGAUAAACAGAAUUUCAUUUUUAAACAUUUGUUGACUUUUUUUAAAAUAUUCUACAGGUUGAGUUGAUAAAACAUUUUUUUAUGAAAAGACAGAUGCAUGUGUACUUGAAAUUUCCUUAACUUGCUUUUAAGUUAUGAAAUGACAAAACACAAAGUAAAUACUUUGUUCAUGAUAUUUACUUUUCUAUUUAAAACAAGGUUUGUGCUAGUAAGUUACAUUAAACUCAGGAUAUUCAAAUGAGUGAACAUAAAAUUUUUAACUAGAUUCUAUGUACAAAAUGGUUGAAUUUUUUUGUUAAUUGUGUACUUUUAUUUUUUUAACAAGGCCUUUGUUAGUCUGGUAUGUUUUUUAAUUUUAGUUCAUUUAUAUGUUUUGGAGUUUAGUGUGACAUCCAUGUUCAUCGAAAUAUUAGUACACAUGUUUGUUUAGGGGCCAGCUGAAGCCUGCUUCUGGGUGUGGGAUUUUCUCGCUUUGUUGUAGACCCAUUGGUGGUCUUCGGCUGUUUUCUGCUCUUUGGUCGGGUUGUUGUAUCUUUGACACAUUCCCGGUUUCAAUUCUCAGUUUUUUCUUGAUUCAUAUUCUUAAUUUUUUCAUUGUGAGAGUGAGACUGAUGAAUGAUACAUUUUAUUUUACAAAUAGACUACACCACAUCUUUGUGAACAGAACAACAAUAAAUUGUUUUUUAGGUUAAAGGUCAACAUUGUGUACUUAUAUUGUACAACUAAUCAAAAUAAAGUGCACUUGUACUUAUUUCACUAUUUAUAUACAUUCAUUGUUUUUUGUAAGCUUUUAUUAUUUAAGGUGGUACCUAACACUACAGGGAGAUAACUCUGUAAAAACCAGCUAAACGUUUUAAUUACGUUGUAUUGUUAAGGAAAUAUUAAGCUUCUCAAUGAUCAAAAUUAGUGUUUGUCAAACUGCUAUAUAACCAAUGAAAUUUUUCUGAUAAAGUGGUUGGUUCAAAUUUUUUGAAAUUUUUAUAUUUUUGUCAAAGGGUCAAAGUAAACAUUUUGUCAAAAUUUUAUGAAAAUUAAACGAGCCAAAUUAAUAUUAGUCAAGGUGUUGGGUACCACCUUAAAAAAUUUUCCAGCAACAUUCCUUCAUUGUGCCUAUAUGAUAUUUACAAAAUGAUUUAUAUUACUUAUGCUCACAACUUGUUUAAUUGUAUGAUACAGCCCUUUCUACUUAUACACAGUCCUACACUUUCUUUAACUGCUAUCAUACUUAUUCCAACAUGUCCAAUGAGUUUUAUCUUUGUUAAUCAUGAAUAUAAAUUUAACUUCAUAUUCAUUGCUGACAAGUUUUGGAAAGCUCAGGAAGUGAUAGAUGUUACCUUUAUAGGGACAUGAAAGUUUACUUUAGUUACACCAUGUGAUUGUUGUGUGCCAAUCAAAACAAUAGAAUUUUAUGAAACAUUUAAUGUAAUGUUAUUAUUUAUUUUCAAAUCAUUAAAAAACUCAUGAUCCCGACUAGUCUAUUUUCAAGUAUACUAAUUAUUCACAGAUAGGUGUAAAAACCAUGCCCCCACCCAAACAAUGUGUCUCCUCAAAGUAAAUUUGUAUGUUUUCUGUUAUAUUAUUCUUACAUUUUCUUUUUUUGUUUUUUUUACAGUUGAACGGGAUAGUACAUGUCUUUCUAGUAGUCCACUUCUGUUUAUAAUCAGCUUGUCUUACUUAGACCUAUUUAUUUUAACAGUAUGAAUUAGACCUAUUUAUUUAAUAGUCUAACUAAGACCUAUUUAUUUAAUGGUCUAACUUAGACUUAUUUAUUUAAUAGUCUAACUUAGACCUAUUUAUUCAAUGGUCUAACUUAGACCUAUUUAUUUAAUGGUCUAACUUAGACCUAUUUAUUCAAUGGUCUAACUUAGACCUAUUUAUUUAAUGGUCUAACGUAGACCUAUUUAUCUCUUGGGCAUUUUAUUUACAGUUGUAGUAAUUAGGCCAUGAUAUAUAUUGCAUUACAAUGUAUUUAUGUUUUUUGUCUGUAUUAUACACAUUGUCAUGAUUGCCAUUUUCUUUCCUUCUUAUUUUUAGAAGAGAUCGGCUUUGCAUCAGACGUACUAUAAUUUAUUUUUAGAAGUCUGAAGAGAUCGGCUUUGCAUCAGACGUACUAUAAUUUAUUUUUAGAAGUGGUAGGCUUUGUAUCAGAUGUGAUAUUAUUUAUUUAAAUCCAAUAUGAAAUUUAUUUAUUUUCUAUUAAAUUAUUAAUUUAU